AUGAGGUCUAAGUAUCUCGCGUCGCCAGUGAAUAUCUCGCGGUUCAUCCAGAUGUCGGUGCGCAGCAUCUCACCACAGCGAGAGAUUUCGCAGAUGACCCCCCAACGCCAGCGUCCGCAGUCGAAGGCAGGCCGUGACUCCAACGGCAAUAGCGUAGAAGCCGCGAAAACCGGGGAUGCCUCAUCGGAGGCGAAUUACCCGGAAGAAAAUAUUGUGGAAAACACGGCUUAUUUGCUUCAGUGUGGAAGUCCGCUGUACGACCCGGUCAAGGAGCGUUGGCGCUGCUGGAAUGGUCAUGAACUGAGUGUUAAGGAACGGUCGGACUACGGCGACGUUGAAGGAGUUAGUUGCGAUUUCUGCGGUCUCACCGACUGGUUAGACGAGCUGCAGGAAACCGAUGCUCCAACGAAGGGAAAACGACGCAGCAGAAAACCACCUAAGCAAAAUAAAAUUGCAAAGGAGCCGCGAUACCUUUACCACUGUGAUGUCUGUGAUAUGGAUCUCUGCACUCACUGCGCCAAGGAGUUGCGUGUUGACGCCCGGUAUCAUGUGCCUUGCAUGCAGUGUAGGCGUUGCCUCCUCUUUAUGCGUGACGACGAGGCUGCUCUGCAUCACUGCUACUUGAAGCGGGCAAGGGAGGUCCUUCCACUUACGACCCCUUCACCAUCCACAAGCGGUGGGGCCUCCUCCUCCUCAUUUACCGAGUCCGUUCUGAACCGGACCUCCGCCCGACCGCGGGAUCCCUCACCGCCCGUGGUGCAUCUACCACCGGAUUCCACAACAACGUCAGUGCAGCGCCCAAUGACGACAUGGGAGGUGUGUGUGACAUUUGAAGGUGCCGAAGCGGAGGCUGAAGUUCGUUGCAUUGGGGACUCCCUUUUGCUGCUGGGAGUGGAGACGCCUGGGGCAGCGGGUCAGCUUCUUUUCCGGACGCCAACCAGGUUAGCGGCGGAAGAGUUAGCUCAGCGAUUUCAUGACAGGGGUCUCUUUGCCUCCCUCCGUCGUUUUCGCGCUUGA